AAACCUGAUGCGGAGCAGGAGAACCAGCUGGCCACGGAGAUGCCUGCAGUGUCACAGGCUGCCCGGACCACUGCUUGCCCGUGGCCAAUGAGCCUACCUCCCCGAAGAAGGCGAAGAGCAUCCCCGACCAACGUGACUUGGAGAGCUGGUUCUCACCCCCUUCCCCCGAGUGGGCCACCGUGAGGGUCAUUCCUGAGGAAGAGAUGACCGAGCACAACCUCCUCGCAGUCCGAGUCAUGGUCACCAGUGAUGCAAGCAGCUCUGACCUGGAGUCUGAUUGUAAUGGGGACUCAUCACAUUCUGAAGUGAGUGAAGGAUGGACCUCACUGCUGGAGCGCCCCACCUGCCCGAGCCCUGUCCAGAGAAGGGCAUCGCUCACCUGGAGCCCUGUGGCACCAGAGGAAAGCCCUAGAACAUCCAAAGUUGCUGAUGCACUACAGAGAGCCAACAGCUUUCACUCCACGGCAUUAAAUAAGUAUCAGAAUUGGAGAAGAAAACUCCAAAUGAGUUUCCCUCUACUGUCCAGCAAGAAACCUGGGCUACACUGGAAGGACAGCUCAGCCAGCUGUCAAAGUGGUCCUGGAGAGGAUCAUUCCCAAACACAGUCGGCUUCUUACAGGAAACCACCAGAAGGUACAAGAGGACAUUUCAAACCCUGCAGCCCAGUAUUUCAAAUAAAAGAAAAAGCCAGAGAGAUGCCUGAAGAUAUCUGUCUCUAUGUGCCCCAUUGCCCUGUUCAGAACAGGACCAGAGGUUCUCCAGGGACCCCUCCUGGCAACGGGACACUGGCUGCUGACUAUUCUGGGCCUGAAGAUACAGAUGGUGACAUUGGGACAUACACAGCCCCGGGAUGGAAGGUAAAAAACCAGAAACAUACAUCUAAAGCAGAAGAUUUUAACAGGGAGACAAAAGUAGUGUCAUCUCUGGAUCUGAAAGAAAAAGAUGAUAAACAUACAAGACACCGACAAGAAAAGUUUGAGCAAGAAUUAAAGGAGGCAAAAAAGAGGACGGUGCUUUGUACUCAACAGCGACCCUUGUCAUAUGAUUCAAACGGGGCGGACUUAGGUGGAACCAAUCAGGGGUAUCGAAACAAAGGAGCAAUGAGGACUUCAGAGGAGAAGGAUGCUGACUGGAGAGAAGAUGGAUUCAAGCUGUCUGGUGGUCCUGUGUCUCUCUUAUUUGCAGAUGAUACUCAGCCAGCUUUGCCAGGUGACACAAAAGAUGCUCUGAGGAAUCCAGAUGCAGCUGCCAGGGAGCACACAGCUGGCCAGCCAAAAUCACCGCUGAGGUUCAUAGCCAAUGCGAUCAAGAGGUCCAUUUUGGAGCCUCUAACCUCAUCUCCAGAGGGACUAAAGCAAGACUCAGACAGCAAAGUCAAAGCCUCUUCAGAACAAGCUUUUUUCAUCUUCCCCAGUACUCCUGGGUCCCUAAGCCAAAGGAACAGUAACAAUAAUAGAAUAAAUAACACUCAGGCACAGGAGCUUAAAGUAAGGGAGUGGUCAGGAGAGUAUUUAGAAACUGGGAGCCCUCUCUCAAAUCCAUGUCAUUUUUCUGUCAGCUCUCAAAAGAGAUCUCCAGGGGAUUACAGUGAGAAGGUGUCCUUCCCAGUCUACAGUCCUCACACCAGGCCUUCCAAGACAACCAGUAUACCUCAGAAAUCAUCAUGCACUAGGAUGGAAGAUGUCCCAGGUCUCCUAGAAAAGUUUACCUUUAAAGAGACGCCUUCAGGGCCUCCUGUGGAUGACAUAUUUAUCUGUAAUGAAAAGUACCUCCUCCUUUCACCUCCAGAGCCCAAGAACACCUCCAAGGCCAAUUCAGAUGACUCUGCACAGAAGGGUAGUCUUGGGUCACUCUUUGAUAGACUGAGAAGUAAAGUUUACGACAGAGAAGGGAAUUAUUUUGUGUCAUCUCUGUCUUCCAUGAGGGACCAUUCUCCAGAAAACAGGCUACGUUACCCUUCCACAGGAUGUGAACACCCACCUGUCAUAAAACAAGCUACUGAGUAUUCUACUUCUUCCUCUGAUGAUGAAUUUGAAUCCCAGCUUUCAUUAACACACAAGGCAAAAAGGACUCUCAGAAGGAGAAGGAAGCUGGAGAAGGAGACAAAGCAAUUGAUUAAACAAGAGGAGCUGAAGAGGCUUCACAAAGCACAGGCAAUCCAGCGCCAGCUAGAAGAAUUGGAAGAAAGACAAAGAGCUCUGGAGAUUUUUGGUGUCAAACUGGAGAGAGAACUAAGAGGAGAAUCAGAUUCAGGCACAAAGGAUGAAACCCAGAUGCUGCACGAAUGGUUUGAGCUGGUCCUGGAGAAGAAUAAAUUAAUGCGGUAUGAGUCUGAGCUCCUGAUAAUAGCCCAAGAGCUAGAAUUGGAGGAUCACCAAAGCAGGCUGGAACAGAAGCUGAGAGAGAAAAUGGCCAUUGACAACAGCCUUAAAGAUGAGAUGGAUCUGAAUGAGGAGGAUGAAAUUUUUGCUGAGAUGAUGAAAGUGGUUGAAGAAAGAGACAAACUUGUGUCUACCUUAGAGGAGCAGAGAGUGAAAGAAAAAGCAGAAGACCAGCACUUUGAAAGCAUUAUGUUAUCUAGAGGUUAUCAACUGAGCAGGAUUUAAACAGCCACAUGCAAGUAAACAUGGUUUCAGCAAUAUUUGUAAUCAUGGAGACACAGUCUUCUGAAAAAUGAAGGAAUUCAAAUUUAUUAUCAGUUUACUGGGGAAACACGUUGUUUUGUUAUCAAAAGCUGUUGAGCAGAUCUUUUGCUCAUACUGGAGUGAGUAAUUUCACUACCAGCCUAAAGGAUCAUCAAAAUACAGAAUAGGACUGAAUUUACCUGUCUGAUGGGUAUCAGGGUCUGUGAAAGGGAAAUCCAAGUGAUAUUGUUUUCUUGGAAUUUUGUUUUGAUGCUGAGAAUAGAGUUCCUGAGAAACAUGAUGACAUCAUUUAGUAUUUUUGAGAUGGUAUUGCUUCCAUCUGUUUGUCUGAAUCUGUAUGUGGUUGUAUUAAUAUUUUGGCACAGCCAACCCAUGUUGAACUAUUUAAAGGUCAGAAAGCAAGCAUCUCAUCUAAAAAUAAGGUUACAUUUUAUUUCUGGUGGAGGAAGGGUCAUUUGACUAAUAGCUACUUAUAAGCACUCAUUAAAACUACUGUAAAUGCAAUGUAAGAAAUUAAUUCUCCAGGUAUUUAUAAGUUUUAAUGUACUGUAUAUUUUUGAACAAGAAGUUAAAGCAAUAUUAAAUCCCUACAUUUUGUAAAAUGGUAAGGGAUUACCAAAGGGGUGACUACCCUUAAGACUAUUGCAUGCUCAAAAUAGCUUUUGUAUUUCACAGAUUAAGCUCUUCUCUAAAAUAUGCUAAACGAUAAUUUAAAAAUAGUAAUCCAGACUAGCUGUUUUAUAAUUGCUUGAUCCAAAUACAUCACAAAUAGUAUCAUAAAAUGUGAUGAGUUGGUGUAGCAGUUAAAGAUCUCCCUGAGAAUAAUUCCUCAGAAGCCUUGCAAAAAAUGUUACAUUUGUAAUGUCAAUAUUUGAUAGAAAAAUGUUGUGGCUAUAUUUAAACUACAUUUAUCUUGCUGCUCAAGAAUAUAUAUGCAUACUUUUUUGCUUAAAGAACCAUCUCCUAUCUUUUUUUGUACAUGCAUUUGUAGAUACUGGCAAAGCUGAUGUGCAGAAAUUCUCAGUAUUCAGUGUAAUUAAAGUACUUUCUUAAAUCUGAGAUAUUUCUGCAGUUUAAGAUUGGUAGUAUUCCCAACUGUAUGUAUGAUGCACUACAUUUUCAAACUGGAAAAAGCAAGGAGAGACUGAAAAACUGUUUCUUUUUGAAUGUCAUUUUACCUCAUGCUCUGAGAAGAUUUGAUGUUCUCAUUAUUUCAUGAAUGGUGCUAACUUGCUGCAGUUGCCUAUGGUACAGCCAAAGCUAGAAGCAUUCCUGUUACAAAAGCUUUAAGCUACAAAACCUCUUGGUAAGGAUUUGUAGGUUAGCAGAUACACUGGGUCCUGUCACAGUAAUUCAUGAAUGAUCUUAAGUUUUUGCUGUAUUGUGAGAAAUUUAAAAUACCCUUUCAAAAGAUUAAAAAAAAAAAAAAAGAUUUGCUAUUGACCAUGGAGAAAUAACAUACCUCUAUUGAGCAAGGAAUAUACUAUGGUUCUGCUAUAUUUAUGUAUUUAUAUUUAUUUAUUAGACUGUUUAAAGUGGAUAAGAGUGUCUGGUUACAUUUUACACGUUGGAUGUUGUCUCUGAUUUUGACUGGUAAGUAUGUGUUUCUAACAGCUAUUUAUAGGUAAAGCUGUGCAUAGCAGAGUAGAUAGCUUUGUCGAUUUGGUAAAUAAUUAGUAAUAAAAUGUGAGUUAAGAUUUUUAAACAAUGUUUUCAGUUACCAUAACUUCAGGGUUUACCCUUAAAACAUAACAUGUAGGGCUUUAACAAUAUAAUUUGUCAUUCAUCGCAAUGGAAAGAUGUAACAGAAUCCUUGAAUGUGUUCCAAAAUUACCAUCAGACUUUUUUUUCUCCCUAUCAUUCAUAGGUUAAGCAUACCUGAUCUUCAGAUCACAUUUUUAGUGAGAUAGAUUGCAGUGAUUGGGUUUUUUGUUUGUUUGUUUGUUUUUUAACUAACUCUGUUACUUAAGAUUUACACAAAGUAGAAGCAGGGAGAGCAACAAUAAAUAUUUUCAUUUCGUCUGUUGAGAUCUGCUGGUACUCCCAGUUUUGUGGAGAAAAUGUCUGGAUUUUACCACUGUUCCCAGAGGCCUCAUGUAAUCCUGUAGAACAAGACUGUCUAGAACAGCUACCAUAGGUUUCUGUUGAAAACGCAGAGUCAUAAUGCUUUCAAGGUAGUUUUAAAAAGUUUUAAAGCACACUUCUUAGUACUUUGCACACAGGUGGAGAAUUCAGCAGAAACCUCCAGUUAUAUCAGGCAAGGAUUGUUUUUUGCACCCCACUUCUAUAAUAAAAAAGUCUUAGUGUUGCUGCUAUACAAAGAGGAAGAGCAGCCUCAGGGACACAUGAUGCCCCUAGUCCUGAGGAGGAUAUUGCUCUCCUCUGCCAAAGUCCAGUCUGUUUGCCCAGAGGAGAUGCACACACUGCAAUUGGUGAGGUUCAGGUUGCUCCAAAUUGUGUAUAAGGGCUGAGAUUUCAGUUUACAGCAGAUACCUGUUUGCUAUAAAACCAAAUGUGAAAGGGUGCUUUCCUUUUAGCUCCAAAGAGUUGAGUUCUUGAGAGUAUUAUAGUCAACAGAAGCUGAGAACCAUCAGCAUUUUAUGGACCUCAAAAAUAUUCUUUGUUAAAAAGAUACUUUUCUGGAUGCCAUGUGGUCAUAACACAUGCUCCACCCAAAACUGUGUGUCUGCUCUUGGGUGGAAAACCCUGUCAGGCUACUGUUACCCUGCCUGAUAUUAAGUAUCUCACAAGAUUAGAUCCAAAAAUGAACUGUGCAAGUGAUUUAGAAAAUUAAAAAACUCUUCAGUCAUUUAAAGCAGGUCUUCAUAUAUCAUGAGAGUAGAUGAUGAGGAGGAAAAACAGAGGAGCUAUGUGAACUAUUCACAGGUCAAUUUAAUAUGUUUGGCUUGUAUUAGAAAUGUAUUUAAACAUUGGUUUGCUAUGAGUCUUCUUGCUGCUCAGUCUUUUCUGUGAAUUGACUCACUAACUUAUAACAGAUUUGUUCAUUUUUAAGUCCUUUGCACUGCCAUUUUUGUGUAUAAUGUGAUGUGCUGGAAUGUAUUGACUAUGUCCAAAUGAACUAGAUGUGAGCAAUUUUCUAUUUGAAAAAAUAAAACUAUAUCUCACU